CCCAGGGCACUGCCGCCACUUUCCCGGGUGCCCGUCAGGCCGGACCCAACAGGGUAGGGUGGGGGGUGAGCGGGUAUACAUCCAGACCCCCGGAGCACUUUGCUCUCACACGGCGCCAGUCCGGGGCUCCAGGGUGGCAGAAAGUUUAGGGCAACCCUUGCCGCUGGGGUUGGGCAAAGCCAGGACUGCGCCGCCCCGGGCCGAGAUAUGGAGCUGCUGUCGCCACCGCUACGCGACGUAGACUUGACGGGUCCCGACGGCUCUCUCUGCAACUUCGCUACAGCGGACGACUUCUACGAUGACCCGUGUUUCGACUCCCCGGACCUGCGCUUCUUUGAGGACCUGGACCCGCGCCUCGUGCACGUGGGCGCAUUUCUGAAACCUGAGGACUCCCACUUCCCUGCGGCUGUGCACCCGGCCCCCGGCGCCCGCGAGGACGAGCAUGUGCGCGCGCCUAGUGGGCACCACCAGGCGGGCCGCUGUCUACUCUGGGCUUGCAAGGCGUGCAAGCGCAAGACCACUAACGCCGACCGCCGCAAGGCUGCCACCAUGCGCGAGCGGCGCCGCCUGAGCAAAGUCAACGAGGCCUUCGAGACGCUCAAGCGCUGCACGUCUAGCAAUCCUAACCAGCGGCUGCCCAAGGUGGAGAUCCUGCGCAACGCCAUCCGCUACAUCGAGGGACUGCAGGCGCUGCUACGCGACCAGGACGCCGCGCCCCCUGGCGCCGCGGCUGCCUUCUACGCGCCCGGCCCGCUGCCUUCUGGCCGCGGAGGCGAGCACUACAGCGGCGACUCCGACGCAUCCAGCCCGCGCUCCAACUGCUCCGACGGCAUGAUGGAUUACAGCGGCCCCACCAGCGGCGCCCGGCGACGGAACUGCUACGAUGGCUCCUACUUCAGCCAGGCGCCCAGCGAACCGAGGCCCGGGAAGAGCGCUGCAGUGUCGAGCCUCGACUGCCUGUCCAGCAUCGUGGAGCGCAUCUCCACCGAGAGCCCCGCCGCGCCCGCGCUUCUGCUGGCCGACCCGCCGCCCGAGUCGUCCCCGGGCGCGCACGAGGCGGCCGCCCCGGAAGAGGACGAUCGCGGCGCCCCAACCCCUACCCCCGAUGUUGCGCCGCAGUGCCCCGGGGGCGCGAACCCCAAUCCGAUCUACCAGGUGCUCUGAGGGUGUCGACCGCCCGUGUGGAAGGACGACGCUAUCCACCGCCCGAGGGAUGGUGCCCCUAGGGUCCCCUCGCGCCCAAAAGAUUGAACCACUGCCCCCAAUCGCGCUUUAAAAGCAAUCCCUCGCGAGGGAGGAGAGGCGGGAGAACUGACGUGUUUCCGCCUUUGUACCCCAGAGCAAGGACACAGUCCUUUUUCCCCCACGCAGCACCCUUUCCCUGAGACCCACUGCGAUGACCGGUCUGUGUUCCUCCGUGGGCCAGAGCUGAUCCUAGAGGGGCCAGGCCCUUCCUCUUCCUCACCCCUUUGCCUCGUGGGUGGGACUCGCGCAGACCUAGGCCCGAACUCAGACGCCGGGUUCCCUUAUGCGGUCUCCUUUCGUGAGCCCUGGAGACAUCAGCUCUUUCCCACCCCCCCUGCGCGCCGAGCUCCCGUCCCAAGCGUAACAAGUGUAACUGUAACCUCUCCCACUCCCUAUUCAGGACCACUUUUUGUAAUACUUUUGUAAUCUAUUCCUGUAAAUAAGAGUUGCUUUGCCCGAGCAGAAGCCCCUAGGGCUGUAUUUAUCUCUGAGGCAUGGUGUGCAGUGCGAAAGGAACUUUGUAUGUUUAUACCAAAGGGGGGCGAGCCGCUGGCCUCGCUCAUGUGUUGGAAAUAAAAAUGC